ACGACGACGACGACGACGAUAGCAACGUCGGAUGGUUGCUUGGCUAGAUAGCUAGCUAACUGACUGGCUGGCUGGCUGGCUGGUUGGUUGGCUCGCAGGCUCGCCGACUAGGUGGAUAGCUAACCAGCCGGUCUAUCGUCCGCUCGGUCUGUCGCCGCUUCUACUGAAUUCCAGUGACGCAGAGAAAUCGUUUGUUGUUCUUCGCUAGCGUUCUUCUUUCCAGCGUCCCUCGUGUGCAAUGUUCGCCAACGUAUAGAAUAAAGUGGAUCUUGGCAAAUAUUUCCCGGCAACUUGAAACCUUCCGAGCUUUUAUCGUGGAACUCUCAAGCAUUGCUCGCUGUCGAAAACGUCUUUGAAAUUUGAAUUUUUCAUGUUGCUCCAUUGCAUGGAGGAGAAUGAAGAAAGAAGAAGAAAAAAAAAAAAACAAACAAAAAAGAAACAAAAAAAAACAAAAAAAAAAACAAGAAAAAAACAAAAAAAAAGACAAAAAGAAAAAGAAACAAGAAAUAAAGAACAAAGAAAAAAAAACGGAAAUAAAGGAAAAAAAAAAAACAUAGGAAGGAGAACGGCAACAAACGGGUAUUAAACGAGCUCGUCGACGUCGCCCAAGGUAAUCCAGGAGAGAUUAAGAAAGUUAGUUCCGUCUAUCUUGGAGGUUUCGUUAGGGACUAUCCUGAAAUUCAGCGAGUGAUCAGUUUGUUGUCCAAGCAAAACUUUCGAUGCAUAAUUAUCGAAAACGAUUAGCCAACGUUGGAUAUCCUCUAGUACCUUGUGUGCAGUACACCGUACAUGCUUCAUGAAAGAGAGAGAAAAAAAUACGAAUUCUAGUAAAAAGUUUAAAGACCGGUAACCUUUUCCAACUCUCGCCAACUUUAUAAUUAUGAAUGGCGAAUUCCAUGAAUUCUCGCAGGUGUUUCGUAAAAUAUUCCUAAAAAAAAUCUGGAGGAGGAAUUGUGAAAUAUUCUGCGAGGAUGGUCUUAAUAAUGUGAUUCUCUUUUUCGAAUUUUUAAAAUUACCUGCGAGCAUUACUCAUACGUUCGGUCUAGAUUAUAACGAGAUUCGAAAGUUAGCUGUUCGAAAUUUGAAAGAAAAAAGAUAGAUCGAGUUAUAUUCGACGACGAGGACGGAGAGAUUAAUUUCACCACAGCUUUCUCGCUUCGAAGAAGUUUUACGAAGCGAUUGGAUAUAUUUUAUUACUGGCAAAGUAGAAAAGGAAAGGAAAGGAGGACGACACGUCGUUUCACGGAUAUAUCUCACUGGCCAGGAAACACAUUUUUCCUCUGAUGAUGUAAUUCUCGCAUUUCCAUAUCCUCUCGAAAGGCGAGUAGCGACCGAUAUGAAAUUUCUCGCGGCGUACGUCUCCCUCCCGCUCUCACUCACUUUCGCAAGCUCGUACGCGAGACACGUAUGAAGGCUGAAAGUACAUUCAUCCAGCGUGUGAUUUUUCCCUCCCUUUUCUACCGUUUUUCUCCCUCCCGCAUCAGGACACGACUGUCGAGUACGUCGAGAUGGUUCUUUUAUUCCCGCACACGUUCGCCUUUGCCUCGUCGCGGCUGCAGAGAACGCGAGAGGAAGAAAGAGAGAUAGAGGGAGAGAAAGAGCAGGCGACCAAUCAUCCGAGUUUACACGGACAACCCUUUUGUUCGUGCGUCAUUGAAAUUCCUUGCAAUUACUCGGAAUGUACGGAGCAGAAUAUGCGAAGGCACGUACGACUUCUUCGACGUUUGACUGUGCUCCGAAUAGAUUCGAAGAAGAGAAUUCACGACACUUUCAGAGUACUUCGAUGUAAUUCUCCUUGUACGUGCAUGGACCAUCGGGAAGGUGGCGCUGUACGCAUGCGCGAUGCCGAUUUCAAAUUCGUCUCAUCAUAGCGCAGGCACGAAGGACGACCAUAUUUGUUUCGACAGUGUCACGUUUACGACGAGAUCCGUAUCGUCUGUUCGAUUACAGUUCCAUUACAACUUAUGUUAACAUAAGAAGAAACGUACUAUGAAAAGAGGAUGAUACGUAUAAGCGGAUACGUUACUGUUUCAUAUGUGGGAUACAAGGACAGAUUGCACGGAGGAAAAUUGAAGAUACUUGAAACUGGAAAAUGUCUUAACGGAGGUUCCUUUGGAAAAAUUUGGAAGCACACGUGUGGCGAACGAGGAAUAUAGUCGUACGAGAAUUGCGCUCUAAAAGCUCCAGGAAAAUUAUCGCGAUCCAGCGGAGUAGGAUCGUGGUGCGAACGUUUAUUUUGCACUCGAAAUCGAACGGUGAUCGCGCGUGUGCCUGGGAGCAGGUUUUACUCGCGCGUGUAUAUUUGGUACGUCAACGAGAAGUGGACUAACGAAUAAGAGGGAAGAGGCGGUGGAGGAGGAGGAGGAGGAGGAGGAGGAGAAGAAGAAGAAGAAGAAGAAGAAGAAGAAGGAGAAGGAAAGGACUCGAUUCUCAACGAAGCUUCGUCGAUUAACGCGAUAAAAAUCUCUACGUGCACAGUACAGUGAAUAGAAAACAUCGAUAAUACGUGUGGAGGCACGCUUCUUCGAAACUCGAACGUAUUGCAAUGGAUCAUUUCUGGUUCGCGGUGUACCUGACUCUCGGUUGUCUCGUCGCCGGAGUUCUGCCACAAUAUAGAGACAAAAAUACCAGCACGGCCGAGAACGACGCGGUUCAAGCCCUCCUCGCCAGAUAUCUGCAGAAACGUCUUCAAGGUACUCAGCUCUCGACGCUGCCGCCGCCGGCCGUCCUCUUCAACUCUCGUCAUCAGGCAAAAGUCCGUCAAGCCGCGCAGAAAGACUCGACGAACAGCGACGGCUUAGCUCGCAAUUCUCAUCCUUCAUCUAGCUACAAGGAUAAUAGGAAGCACAGAGAGGACUACGACGAUGAUUACGUGGACGAUCUUCAAGGGUUCGAGGACAGCGAUAGGAGCAGGACUAGAAUCGAUCUUCUUGCUGACGACUGUCCAAAUUGCGUCGACGAACAAAGUAACACCUUGAGCGCUUCCAGAUGGACGAUGCCGUUGUUGAAGCUUGGCGAGAAACGUUACUACUUGGGUAUCUUCUUCAAGGCUAACUGGUACAGAGCGUCGCAGUACUGUCGUUAUCACGGUAUGCACCUUGCUAGCAUAGCCUCCCAAGAAGAAAACGACAGACUGGAGAAGCACAUCAAAGACUUUGGGCUUGGACACGAACAUUUUUGGACGUCUGGUACCGAUCAGGCGGAAGAAGGGACCUUCUUUUGGAUGGCCAAUGGACGGCCAAUCACGUUCGAGAACUGGAACGUCGGCGAACCCAACAAUUUCCGAUACGAGAACGGCGAGGAGGAACACUGUUUGGAAUUGUGGAAUAGGGACGGUAAAGGGUUAAAAUGGAACGACAGCCCUUGCAGCUUCGAAACUUUCUUCGUCUGUGAAGUGCAGUGAGGGAGGGAGGGAGAGAGAGAGAGAGAUGGGGUCGUUGUAACAUGGGCGACAACCCACACACUCGUUCCCUAUACACGGAUAAUACAAACACACACACACGCGCACACACAUAGACGCAAGAUCUAAAGGGUAAGAAGGACGAGUACGAUAGACGUCGAAAGAGAAUAAAGCAAGAAGUCCGUCAGACCAAUUUUCAAACCUCGUUCGAGUCAGCCCAGUGCCAAAGGUUUUCCGACGAAUGUAACCCUUCAUCGAUCACUUUGGUUUCGUUUACGCUUACGCGACGCGCCGCAUUCGGAUGGAAGGAGAAGAGUCGAAGUAUAAGGGAAUGAAUCGGAAUUUGUUGGCUACUACUGGAGUCGAAGAGAACGUACGGAGAAGAAAAGAGUUUCCGAAUUGACCGAAAAAGAAAAAAAAGCAAGAAAGCAGUAUUUUAUUGUCAACGUCAUGCAGGAUAGUUCUUACCGUGUAUUUCUGUGUGUGCAUCGAUCUAUCUGUGUGUGUGUGUGUGUGUGAUCUAUAUGCGUGCAAGCUCAUUGUUUUUUCUUUUCUUUUUGUUUUUUUGUCUUUCCGUUUCCUUUUCUUUUCUUUUUUUAUUUUUUCCUUUCUUUUUUUUUUCCUUUUUUUCUUUUUUUCUUUUCUUUUCUUUUCUUUAAAAUUUUAAAAUGACACGUAAUGUUAUUUCAUUGACUCUACUUUCUCGUAUGAAGAGACAGCAAGGGGACAUUAGCAAGCAUCCUCUGUUAAAUUAAGAGGAAGGAAGAAGAAACUAGUAGUACGCGAGAGCGCGGUCGUGCCCGCUCGUCGUUUGAUGUUUUAACGAAUUAUAGAGUUAUAAUUAAAGAGAUUAAUUUAAGCCAGGAGCAAAGUUUCCUGGACAUAAAGCGAUACGUCAUCACUAUUAUAUUAUUAUACGAGUUUUAGAUAUCCUACAUACCGCUUUUUCCUAUUGUUUUUAAUUAAUUACCAAAUUAGUUAAUUAACGAGAGAUAUUCGAAAGGAUAGAUGGUUAUUCUUUCAGGAAGAGAACACGCUAGGAAGCGUUGUAUGUACAUAUUAAAUAGAAACGUACGAAUGGAUA